AAAUAAAUAAAAAAACUAGUUUAAAUUUAAACAAAAAUUAAAAGCUUUAAAUACAACAUUAAAAAAAUAUUAUUUAUUUAAUAUUAAAAAUAUUAAAGAAAAAAAUUAUACUAAACCAAAAUAAAUUCUUCCAUUAUUAUUUAAAUAAAUUUAAAAAAAAAACAAAAACAAAAUAUAUACAUACAUAUAAAAAUAAGCCAAGUUAUAUGAAAAGAAGGAACAUACGAUUUCAUAAAAAAACAAGAACAACAACUAACCAAUAAUCUAACGCACUAACUUAUAUUAAAAACAAAAACAAAAAAAACAACAACAAAAAUAUAUUCUUUUUUUAUAAACCAAAAACAAAAAUUCCCAAAAAUUAAAUCCACUAAUCAACGAAGUAACUAAAGGAGGAAACAUUUUAGUUAAAUAAUUAAAAACAAAAAAAAUAAAAAUAUAUAUUUAUUUUUCCAAGAAAAGCUUUAAGCCUUACCGAAAAAAAUCAACCAGAAAAAAAACAUAACAACUAUUAAAAAAAUAAAAAAAUUCUAGUUAUUCCGAAUAAUGCAACAAAACCAAAGCAUCAAAAAAUAUACGUAAUUAACCAAGAGAAAAGAGCAACCCCUCUCUCCAUUUGCCAUUUGCAAAAAAAACAGAAAUCCACAAAAUAUAAUUUACUUCUCAAAUUACAUCACACACGCAUACAUACCCACAUACAUGUAUAUGAAACCGAGUCCAACAAAAUGUCCCUAACAACUACAACAACCAGAACAAUAAUAAUAAUAUUUGGCUGAUAGUUAAACAAAAAAUUAUCAUCAGUUAUUGAGAAGUGUAGAGAGAUAGAAAAACAAAUCAUAAAUUAAACCAUACCAAAACAACAACAACAACUACAUUCCAUUUAUAGAUUUUGGAAUAAUAGAAAAUACAAAUAACAGCAACAACAAAAACACACACAUUACAUUAAUCCUGAAGACAUACUGAUCAGCAGUAGCAGCAGCAUCAUUUCGAUUCGCCAAAAUGGAUGACAUGCCAGAUUUGUCACAUCUCACGCCUCACGAACGCAUGCAAAUCGAAAACGUUCUGAGGCGCCAGAAACAGGAGGAGGAACAGCAAAAUGAAAUUAUGCGACGAAAACAAGAUGAGGUCAUGUCACUGGAAAUGCAAAUCCGACAGCGUUCCGAACAGCAAAAGAAAGCUGGCAUCGAACUUGAGGCAACGUGUCAUAUUUGUCUGAAGACUAAGUUUGCUGAUGGUGUUGGACAUAUCUGUCACUACUGCAAUACCCGAUGCUGUGCCCGUUGUGGUGGCAAAGUGACACUGCGCAGCAAUAAGGUCAUUUGGGUUUGCAUAUUGUGCCGUAAAAAACAGGAGCUCCUAUCCAAGACUGGUCAGUGGAUCAAUAAGGCCACCAUACAACAGGAUGGCUUUAUACGUCGCAAUGAACCGGAUGGCAGCAGUGACAUUUCCCAACAGGCUGUGGUCGAUCCUCACGAUGCGCUCGACAAACGACCAAAACUGGAGCGUACCCGUAGUGCUGCCGAAAAGGAAAAUCUACCGCUACAACGUUCGGGUAGCAUGCUGAAACGACAAUAUUCACAACAAGAACAAACAACGAAUCAAAGGGAUAUGAUGGGUCCCAAUAUGGGUAUGGACAUCAUGAGUCCCGGUCAAAGGCAACGUAUGCAACCAAUGACGCCACAGCAUAUGCAACAACAGCAUCAGCAGCAGCAACAACAGAUGUCACAACAGGGUCAAUAUAAUAGGGGCCAGCAAGGACAUUAUGGAGGAGGUAGUGGUGGAAGCGGGCCAGGAAUGCACCAUCAAAAGGACGAGGAUCCAAGAUUAUAUCAAGGUGAAAUUGAUGGUCUCAUGAAACAACAUCCGCAUUUGGCUCACCCCAGUCAGCGACAGCAACAACAGUACCAAUAUCAACAGCAGCAGCAACAACAACAACAUCAGCAGCAACAACAACAAUAUCGCAUGCAACAGCAAUCACAACAACAGCAGCAGCAACAACAUCAAAUGCGUGGACAACAGCAACAAGGCCCAACAAAUACUUCCUCCGUUACCUAUGCAACACUACAACAUCCACAACAGCAACAACAAAGGCUUCCAACAUCAUCUGCAGCACAACAACAUCACCAGCAGCAUCAACAACAACAUCAUCCAACCCAUCCACAUCAUUACAGUGGUGUUGGAUCCUCCUCACAACUCUCAGCUGCUGGCCAUCAUCAAACACCGGCAUCGUCCGCUGCCAUUUCCUCUAACGCCGCCCUUGUCUCCGUCUCGACCUCUGCAACAUCCUCUCAGGGUUAUCAAAAGCCUCCGCCAAUACAACGUAAUCUAACCAUAAGCGGUGGACAUGCCAUGGAUCCAUCGACCUAUAAUGCUCGCCGUCAUCUAAACGUUAGUCAGUAUGCCGCUCAACAGCAGCGAAGUUUUAGUAGCUACGAAGAUGAAAUACAGCAGCAACACUCGCAAUAUCCAGCGACAUCGGGGUUGUCAUCAUACGACUUAGAGGGUAAGUUCGAUCGUUGUACCAUUCGAAUUGGAUUGAAUUGUGUAUUUGUUUACCCAACCCCCACGUACCCUUAUCGUGAUCACCACAAAACAAACAAAAUGUACACCUGUAUCCUUUUUCUUUUUGGUUUUGUGUUGAAAUUUUGUUGUAAAAAGCCAACAGGCGGCCCCAGUAAUGUCGGCAGUGUCGGUGUCCACAAUGCAUUGACGUCGGGCGAUUUACAAAUUCAUGCAAAUCAACCGGUGAAUUGGCAAAUAUCGGCGGAUAAUGCUCGCAUGAUUGGUCAUAUGAUAUUAAGAAAAUACUAUGAUGGCGAAGAUAUUUUAGGCUUAAAAGUUCUGGGUGGCCAACCUCUACCCUAUGAUAAUAGUCAAGCCGUUGGCGUAGCUGGUGGUAAUAAUGGAAUUGGUGUUGGUGGUGGUAGUGCUGCUGCCGUUGCUGCAGGUGCCACAUCUGUGAGUUAUGGUGCUAUUGUGGAGAAAGUCAAACGUGGAUCGGUGGCCGACACAGAGGGUCAUAUUCAACCAGGCGAUGAAAUUGUCAAAUGGAAUGGCCAUGUCCUACAAAAUAAAACCGCCGACGAAGUCUAUGAUAUUAUCGACGAAAGCCGUUUGGAUGCCCAAGUUGAGUUGGUGGUCUCGCGGCCCAUUAAUGCUUCCACAUCGACGUCGUCAACAACAACAACAACACCGGGCACAUCUGCCGCGUUGGCCACCAGUGCCAGCUUGUGCUCCACUUCAGUGCCAAAUGCUGUUAAUGCAACGGCCGCGUCCACUGCCACAACGGCAAUACGCAAAGUACCGAGCAGUACGCUGGCCAGCUACAUAGCCGGCAGUGCUGUGGUCAGCAGUGGCGGCCGUUAUGUUCAACGAAAAGCACCCUUAGUUGAUGACAUAGAAGUUCAUCGCGACAAGCCGAGCGUACUCAUAACCUCGCCUGGAUCGCCCGAUUUUCAUGCCAACACCAGCAGUGGCGGUAGUAGUAGUGGCGGCGGCGUCGGCGUUCUUAACCUAAGACAUAGUGCGAAUGUACGCAGCUACGAGCCAGGCACAACAACAUCGUCGGCCGCAGCAGCAGCAGCUCAACAACGUUUGGGACCAAAACACUUGUCGAGUGCCGCCAGCACCAGCAGCAAUCAGUCGGUUAGUAGCUGCAGCAGCGGUAGCAGUAGUCACACAUCCCACACAGCACCACCGCAUCGACCACCGACAGCGUCAUCGGCAUCAUCGCUUCAAGGCGGAGCAGCAACUACGACGGCGGGCCAUCAUCAUCACCAUCAUUGCCAUCAAAUACCACCACCGUCAUCGCAUUCGCCGUAUACAUAUGGCUCAGGUUUGGGACCACAACACCAGCAUCAGCACCAGCAACAACUCCUCCUUUUGCAACAACAGCAGCAGCAGCAGCACCAACAACAGACGCAGCUACCCCACCACCAUCAGCAGCACGCCGCACUGGCUGGAGCUAUGGUUGGGCCCAUACCCGCGCACAUUGAAGGUGAACUCCAGAUGAAAUUGGGCUACGAUCAAACGUCAUUACAGUUGAUUGUAACGAUUGUUUGUGCAACCGGUUUGACGUUGCGUCAGACGGGUGCGGCCAGAAAUCCUUAUGCAAAAGUGUUCCUUUUACCCGAUCGUGGUACAAAAUCCAAAAGACGCACGAAAACAUUAGCCAGUACCUGUGAACCACGUUGGGGUCAAACAUUUAUUUACAGUGGUUUAAGGCGUUGCGAUUUAGCCGGCAGAUAUUUAGAGGUUACUCUAUGGGAUUACGUGCGUUACGGUGCUAAUGACUUUAUCGGCGAAGUGGUUAUUGAUUUGGCCCAUCAUUCAUUGGAUGAUGAAGCGGAUUGGUAUAAAUUACAACCGCAUCAGGAUACCUCAUAUCUCUUACGCAGUUAUGACUCAUCCCGAGAUGUGGACAUAGUGAUAUUGACACCCAGUGAUCAUUUGUCACCACCCAGUACAACAUCGCGUCACAGCGAUUCGGAUACAAUGUCUGAAAUAGAUUUACAGUCACAGCGAGAUGGUGCCAGCAUUUCAUCGAUGGGUAGUUCAGCAAGUACACCACCACCUGAGCUUGAUUUGCAAGAGCGUCGCUCUAGACGUGACAUGUCACCGCAAGGUCGCAAACGGGUGGCCGGCAUGGUAGCUCGUGAUUAUCGUACCGUUUCGGGAAUUGGACAAAGUUAUCACAAUCAGCAGGCCCCCGGUGCUCCAAGUGGCUAUUUUCGUCGUAAUGGUGCUCCUACCACUGGUCCCGGUGGCAUGAGUCUGAGUCAACGUAGCCAUUCUGCGGCACCCGGUGAUGUUUAUCACAGCGGUUACUAUCGCAGUACAAGUCCAAGACGUGGUUCCCUGUCACCACCAGAAUAUCGGGGACACGAUAUAGGUAGUAUACCACCAUAUAGUGGUGCCACCUCGUCGAUUGUAACGCCCUAUGACAGUGGUGUCGGCACAUCGGCAUCGCAACAGCAACGCUUCCAAUCGCGCUCGGCGACUGCCACACCAACGGGUUCACCCAAAAAGAGACAACUGCCAAAGGUACCCCAGACAUCACGCAGCGCCAUGAUACGUGAUCGUUUGGGCCAAGAGUUUGACGAACGCUUAUCCUCGGGUAACGGUCGUUUUGGUCGACAUCGCACACGUCAACCGCAUCAUCAACCACUAUAUCGUAGUACUGGUGGUGGUGGCUGGGAGCGACACUAUACCGGGCUCUCGGACAGUGAUCUGCAUUCGAUGGAGACACGAAUGCGGCCACGACACUCGCUAUCGCCGGACAAAGAUUAUAUGGGCGAUUUUGGUGACUCGGACAUUGAGUCGUUGGUUAGUGUGACCUCAAGCUCAUUCUCAACACAAUCGGAAAGGUUAAGAGGGUCACGGGGACUCAGUAACAGUAGCUUACCACGAAAUUGGCGCUCUUAUUUUGGACCGAACAGCCUGACAGCUGUCGGUCAGCCAAUGCGUUUAGGUGGCGGCGACGACGGCGGCGGCAGGGGCGGUUUCUUCGAACGCUUUCGCUCGAACACCAUCGAAGUGGACGACUGUGACUAUUUGCCCAUGGGUGCGGCGUUUCAUACACCACCUCACGUCCAGACCACGACGCAACAGAUGCAGCUGCUCGAACAGCUGGAACACCUACAACGUCUUGCCGAACUGGCGGCCAGUGAAUCACCACCGAACACGGCAACCGCAGCGGUGGCCCAUGCGGCUGCGGCCCAUGCAGCGGCAACGGCUGGCCUGACACCAGCACAACCACCACAACUGCCAACCCAACUCAUGGUGACCGACAAUAGUGGCGAUCUGGUCGAGCAGUAUUUCCUCGAUCCAGCCAAUCCCAACAAUCUCAUGGUGAUGGACGGCGGCGGCUGCGGCGUCGUCCCCAGUGCACGAAUCGUAACACAAGAUCCUCUGACACAGGCCACACAACAACAACUCAGUACAUUUAAUCCACCUCAGUACCCACCUCCUCCACCACAGACACAACACCAACACCAACUCCAACAACAGCCACCCCCACCCCAUGCGAUUCCCACCAUACAGUUCCCCGAGUAUCAAGCGCAUGCUGCCAACUUCACGCAUUUCCCUUCCGAUCCCGGGUUCGCACCCGACUGUUGCAUAGACGCCCUGGAAGCGGAGGCAGCAGCGGCGGCGGCGGCUGCUGCUGCCGGCGGCAGUGGCGGUGGCGCGACUACAUUGCGUGGUCUUAAGCGUCUGACAUCGCCCGUUGUCAACUUUUUUCGCCAACAACCGGCUCGCAUUGGCCUAACAGCUGAUUCGGCUGCAGCCCAUGUUCACGCUCACACCGUCUCUUCGUCGCCCUCAUCCUACGUCGGCUAUAUACGCGAUCACUAUGACAACACGUGUAGUCACUGCCAGAAUGGCAGCCAACCGGUGGUGCUGUCGACCAAUGCAGCCCUGGCCUCGUCCGGUGUCACCAUUGGGGCCUGCCCCGAUCCCUAUUGUCUGAUCGAUGCCCACCCCCAUCCCCAGCACAAUCCCAUCACCUAUCCCUAUACAGCUGAGCAGCUGUUGCGACGACCAUCGCUUUCGAUGUUCCAACCGUCAUCCUCGGAGCCUUCACUGCCCACCACCGAUCCGGCAAUGUGCGGUGAAUGUGUGGAUCAGCAUUUCGUUAGCGGGCUUACGGCACCCCAGCUAGAUCUGGGUGCGGUGCCCACAUACCAUGUCCAUACCCCGACCCCAACAGCGCACAAAAAGGCUAAAUCCUCCCUGGCCCCUCCUCCCCAAUUGCCCACGCAGUCGGUGCUGCGUCUAUCGCGUCAGCUCAGCGAAGAUGCCCUCGUGUCGGCCGUGCCCAUUGCCGAGGGUCGAGCCCAGCCGCCAUCCAUUCUCAAGAAACCCAAAAUCGGCAUUCCCACGGGUCGUACCUCACUCGACCGGCGAAAAAUGUUCCAUGAGGGCCAAUCGCGUUCCCUGGACUAUGACGAUUUACACGCCAAGAGCUGGGGCCGCCGACGCAUCCGCUACGAGGAUGAGGUCUAUCCCGCCCAAUUCGAUGAAGAUCUUUCGCGACGCUACGGUUCAGAGACCAAUAUACGCCAAUCGUACAUGGGGGCCAAUGUCAAUCCAACGAAUCCCUUGAGCCACUCGCACUUCCUGGUGACGGAUGACAAAAUCGUGACCAUUACCUAUGACUCGGACGUGGGUUGGACGAGGCGCGGUGUGGCUCCUUCGCAGUUUCGUGACUCGCGUCGACGUUACGACAUGACCAGGGGACGCAACCACAUGUCCCUCGACCUGGACCGUUCGACUCAUGAAAAGCUGUACGGACCGGCGGGACCUUACAUGAAACGUCGUCGCAACUUGCCGCAUCCUCCCAGCGCACAAAACGCUCACAACUUUUCGCCCGUCGACGACCAUGGCCAAAUGAUGGGGGGAUCUGAUCCACACACAUCCGCAUCAAUGCCGCCUGGUGGAACGCAUGGCAGCGGCAACGCCAUGGUCAAUGGCCAUGGCAAUAGCGGCGAGCGGCCAGGCCCUGUUGGCGAACAAUACGAUGCCAGUCGUUCGGGGGGACCACGUCAAUCAGCCAUGGCUACUGCCUCGUCGAAGAGGAGUAGUCGCCACCAACAACAGCAACAACAACAUCAAUACGAAACCGGCAGCGAUCGCAGUAAUCUCGUCAGUAUUAAUGAUCAGCCCGAGUACUUUGAGUACGACGAUUACGGCGAUCGUGUGGCCGCCCACAGCAACACCUCACAACAUUCGAACACGAAUCGCCAGUAUAGUAGUAGUGGUAGCGGUAGUGCUAUGCCAGUUAGCGGUAGCGGUAGUCUUAGACAAAGGGGGAAAGAAGUUUUAGACCAACAGUCAUUGAAGGCUGGCAGUGGGAGUGGCAGUGCCGGCGGCAGCGGCGGCGGUACUGCGACUGGCACUGCCGGCUCUGCUAUGGCCGGUAGUAAUAAUGCUAAUAAUGCUGCUUCUUCUUCCUCUUUUGCAAAUUCCCAUCAUGGUGUCGCCAAUUCCACAACAUCACCCAAUAAACGUGCCUCAUUGAAACAUUCCACCACCACCACCACAAACGACGCUAACGUUAACGCUGACGGAACGAUCUCAUCCUCAACAACAAUCAUUCAAACCACAAAUCUCACCACAACAACAACUACAACAACCACCACCACAUCAUCAUCAACGAACGCCAAUGCAACAACAACGGCGGCGGCGUCGACAACGGAUAAUGCCAACUCUCAAAAUCCUGCCGAUCCCACAUCGUCAUCGGGUGGUGCGGACGCCGAUGCUGCGGAUCCCGAUGCGGCCGGCGACGUCAUCGAUUGGGAUGCAAUUGAUGCCAUGUUGGACGAUGAUUUUAGUGAAUAUGUCGAUCCAAAACCGGAUGGUGAAGGUGCAGAUGGUGCUAAGAAAGACGAAGGCAAUCCCGAUGAGAAAGUCGAUGGCAGUCUAUCCGAUACGGCGCAAGAUCGCAAAAAAGGUGCUGCGGACCAAGAACGUUCCCCCAAAAGUGGCAGUGGCAUGGGCAAAAAAUCCAAUUCCACAUCACAGCUAUCGGCAACAGACCAAAAUCAGGCACGUGAUUGUAGCACCACCACCACCACAACCAACAAUAACAGCAACACCUCAACUUCGAACACCACAGCCACUUCUAUGUCACAUCAACAACAACCACAGCCACAACAACAACAACAUCAUUAUCAUCAACUGCAUCCACUUCAUUAUCAGCGUCAGUCGCGUGGUUCGGCUGGUAGUAUACAAAGAUCGGUUGAGGUGCCGCCAUCAUCAUCUGUAAUGCAAUAUCGCGCCGGUAGUAUACAUUCGAUCUCAAGCUCGGAAGGCUCAUCAUUUCAAAGAGAUGUUGUAUCAACCACACAUAAUCAAUUAUCGAAAUUCGCCUUAUUGUGUGUUUCUUUUCUUUUUCCGUUUUGUUUUUUUUUUCUGUUGUUGUUUAUUUCAUUUAUUGGAACAGACCAAAAUCAGGCACGUGAUUGUAGCACCACCACCACCACAACCAACAAUAACAGCAACACCUCAACUUCGAACACCACAGCCACUUCUAUGUCACAUCAACAACAACCACAGCCACAACAACAACAACAUCAUUAUCAUCAACUGCAUCCACUUCAUUAUCAGCGUCAGUCGCGUGGUUCGGCUGGUAGUAUACAAAGAUCGGUUGAGGUGCCGCCAUCAUCAUCUGUAAUGCAAUAUCGCGCCGGUAGUAUACAUUCGAUCUCAAGCUCGGAAGGCUCAUCAUUCUCUCCCACCAUGAGAGCAGAUGAACAAAUCAAUCAAUUUGUCGAAGGUCUUGGACCGGGCCAAUUGGUUGGCCGCCAGGUGCUGGGUGCCCCCUCGUUGGGCGAUAUCCAACUAUCGCUGUGCUAUCAGAAAAAUUGCCUAGAAGUAGAGGUCAUUAGAGCAAGAGGUUUACAGCAAAAACCCACCUCGAAAAUGCUACCAGCCCCCUAUGUCAAAGUGUACUUGGUUUCGGGUAAAAAAUGCAUGGACAAAAUGAAAACUUCCACGGCUCGCCGAACGCUGGAGCCAUUGUAUCAACAGCAAUUGGUGUUCCAGAAUUGCAAUACCAAAGGCUGUAUAUUACAGGUUACCGUUUGGGGCGACUAUGGCCGCAUCGAAAAGAAAGUCUUUAUGGGCGUGGCCCAAAUAAUGCUCGAUCAUAUCGAUCUCUCCAAUGGCAUUGUGAUUGGCUGGUACAAACUAUUCGGCACCACCUCACUGAUGUCUGCCACUUAGCGACCUAAUAUUGGAUAAAAACGAAUCUAAUGAUUAUUAGCGACAAUGAUGAUGAUGAAAACUAUGAUGCUGAUGAUGAUAAAAAGGCUUUACCCAAAAACCAUCAAUCUUGAGGCUCAUAAGGCGAUACCAUGUUUGAAACUGCAGAAGCAACAACAACACAGAGGAUCAUUGAAUACGAAACGAAGAAAAUAUUUUUUCUUUUUAUUAAACAUAUAUAGAUAAAAAGGAAAAUAUUGAGAGCAUUUCAAUACAUCUACAUACGAACAUACAAAACAUAAGCAAAACAUAAAAAAAUGAAAUUAAUCUAACAAAUCAGGACAUUUAAAGGUUUAAAACAACAACAACUCUAAGAAGAAGAACAAAAAAACGGCUUAAAAAAUAAAACAAACAACAUGAAUGAAUCUUAAGAAAUUAAAAAAAAUAAUAAAAAUAAAAUUUUUGAAGAAGUAAAAAAACAAGAAAAUUGCAUUUAAUACCACAAAUUAAAUUUAGUCAAAAAUCAACAACAACAACAACAACUUUGAAAAAAAAACAAAAAUGAAAUGUAUGACA